AUGAUGAACGAAUUUAUGCCUCUAGCCGACAGUUCAUUGGUUCCAUUGCCAGAAAGCAUUCGCAUUGGCAUGAUUGCCUUGGGAACAUGUGGACUUAUAUCUCUUCUCUGCACCGUUAGCUUCUUUCUUUUCUUCACCUACCGAAUGAUAUACUGGGAGCAAAUCUCAUCCAACUCCGCUGCACGCAUUCAAGUAUUUUUACUUAUUUACAAUCUUUUCAUCGCCGAUAUAAUCCAGGCAUCUAGCUUCGUUACUUCGUUCUGGUGGAUCUCGCAAAACAAACUCAUCGGACCAAAUCUCGUCUGUGACAUCCAAGGACUAUUAAUUCAGAUUGGGGAUGUAGCUUCCGGUCUCUGGGCCCUCGCCAUUGCCAUCCACACGUUUGUAAAUAUUGUGGGUCAGAAAACCGUAUCACAUCGCACCUUCAUCACCUUGGUAGCCUCACUCUGGGUCUUUAUAAUCAUCCUAGCUGGAAUUGGUCCGAUUCGAAUUCGAAGCGGAUUUUUUGUCCCCGCCGGUGCUUGGUGUUGGGUGAAUUCAAAACAUGACGCAGAACGUAUUUACCUUCAUUAUCUCUGGAUUUUCAUUUCCCAACUGGGCUCUGUCGGUCUGUAUACGUUUAUUUUCUUCUACCUACGACUUCGAAUAAACGCCAACUCUCCAAUACCUCGUGCACUACCUCUACAUCAAUCAGUACUCUACGGUAACACAGGCAUCGUCAAUGAGCCAGCUUAUGCGAAUCCAACCAACCAAAAUUAUCAAAUGAAUCCCGAUCCCAGGACCUCAAAUUGUUUACCCAAUUCAUUUGCUACAAGUCGAACCUACAUUCUGAAAAGUGCUAGCCAUAUGGUUGUCUACACUCUUGCUUACCUUGUUUUGACACUACCCCUAGCGGUCGGUCGGGCUGCCUCUAUGGCAGGAUUCAAUGUACCACCGGAGUUCUUCGCUGCUGCGGGUACAUUAAUGGCAUGUAGUGGAUUUGUAGAUGUAGUUCUCUACGUCGGUACGAGGAGGUUAUUAGUAAUGAACGGUCUGCAUAGAACGAUUAGAGAUGAUGCACAGCAGAAUAUGAACUCCUGCUAUGACUCGCGCAGUAGUAAUGUAUCCGGGCAAUUGAGGGGAAUGGAUUUCUCUAGCACUGGCGAGAAAGACAGAUUUAACAAGUUGGCCGUCGUUGAUUCGAAGAUUUCGGCGUCAUCCUCUAACCUUGGUACAGACAAUGCUAGAGUCAAUGAGGAUCCUACUAGGAGCUGCUAUGCUUGA